UUGCCCUUACUAAAUAUGGCGGUGUGUGGUGGCUUCACUGCCUGGGUAAGGUUUCUGUUGUAUUUUCCGUGGGGAAGUGAAGCCUCUUUGCCAGCAGUAUCUUUAACCUAUGAACUUUUGAGUGUGCCAGUCCUCCGCCAUAUUGACUGUUGUCUUGACUGGAGGAGAUAGAGAACAUUUUGAGGUCCGAGAAGAAACGAAAGUGUGCACAUAAAAUCAUCGAAACUGGUGCAAACUUGGAGAAAGCGUAUCAUAAAAACUGUUGUGAUGGCAAGGAAGAAAAGCAAGCAGCAGGGGGUCGUCCAGAAGGAGCUUGUUCCUGGACAGCAGACCGUACCGAAGAGCUCUGUCUCUCCCAGCGAUGCAGCUGGCGGUGGCGGCGGAGAUGCUGAGCUGGAUAGGCUGGCCACUACCAGGGCGAACCAGCCUAUGCACACUUGUUGCCUGCUGUGCCACCGUGAAUUCAAGGACUGGGGAGCAAGCUCUUUGAACGGACUCCCUGUGGGCCAUGGGACCAAGCUGGCUGAUGCUGUGCCAGCGCUCUCCCAGGCCUUACUGCGGGAGACACCAGGGCGUAAGCUUGCUGAUGCAGUGCCGUCGCUGUCUCAGUCCCUGUUGGGAGAGGUGCCUCUGUGGAUCUGUCAGAGUUGCUGCAAGAGUGUGGAAGAGGAAGAGAGGCGGAGCACCCAGGAGCAGCCGACGCCGGUACCAUUAUCACACUCGUCCUCCUGUAAGUCCCAGAGCUGUGGGAACGGUUACCCGGAGCAAAGUACUGUAGAUUGGGAACCAAGUUCCUUCCUGUCAGCCCACAAACUGUCAAGUCUCUGGAACUCGGCGCACACCAACGGAGGGGAGCACUGCAACCACAACGCUUCUUCACACUCACAACAAAGUCUGUCAUCAAAAGGUAUAACAACAGGAUCAGGCUGUCAUGAGAAAAGAGGUCUUCCCGAAGCCCCUGGGAAAUCUGUAAAAACGUCAGGGACCAAAGUCUGUCCCUACAGUCACCCGUCAUCCCAGAAUUCCAGUGGAUCUUCUGCUGGGAACCCCCUGUCUACCUCAGCAGACCUUUGUAAGACCACUCCUAAGCACUUCAAGACCAUGUGCCGUCGGCCAACGCCACCUGGUGAAGCCUUCCACCCCAGUGACCACCAUCAACACACAGACUUGUCAGUACCGCCCAACAGUCCCACCGGCCUGUCAUCCCAGCAUUCCUCCCUCUUGCCCCCAAAACCGAGUUCUGGGCAGCACAGCCAUGUAACCUCCUCGUCCAGCACUAAUUUGGCAGCCCACGCUCCCUUUUCCCCACUGGUACCAAACCUCCAUGGCCCUACAGUCAAACUCAAUUCUCCCAGUCCAGAUAGUCCAACAUCUGUCCAUAAGCCCAGCCCGUGCAAAAACUCCCACAGUCCUGCUGUGAACACACAGCACAGCAAACUCGGCACUUCUCUCAUAGGCUGUAACCACCCUUGUAAUGGACACAGUCCGGGCACAGUGGCUACCUCCAACGUAGGUCAUCUGACAGCUGGGGCCUGCAGGGAGCAGGCAUGUAAAGGGCACAAAAUGACUAAUGGGACAUUGUGCUACCCUUCAUCUGAGCUGGAAGAGGGGGAGGAUGAAGACAGCAGCUCUGAGAGGAGCUCCUGCGCCUCCUCUUCCACAAACCAGAAGGAUGGGAAGUACUGCGACUGCUGCUACUGCGAGUUCUUCGGACACAAUGCGCCUCCAGCUGCACCAACCAGCCGAAACUACGCCGAGAUCCGAGAGAAACUCCGUUCACGUCUGACCCGGCGCAAAGAGGAACUGCCUCAACGUCAAGAUUCAGAACUGACAGCACCCAGUGCCAUCGACAACCGAGACGUAGACGAGCUGCUAGACUUUAUAAACAGUUCUGAGCCCAAACCCGUCAACAGUGCCAAGGCUGCGAAAAGGGCUCGUCACAAGCAAAAGAAAAAGGAAAAAGCUCAACAGGGCAACAUGGGUGCUGCAGGCAGUGACCCCCACUCUAAUUCAUCUGAGCCUGUUGACGAGUCCAUCCCUGAUGGUUCAGAAGCCAGCCGGUUGCUGGACUGGCCUCAGCUGGAGCUGGAACGUGUCAACAGUUUCCUCACCAGUCGGCUCGAAGAGAUUAAGAACACCAUCAAAGACUCAAUCCGGGCUUCAUUUAGCAUGUACGAUCUCAAUCUGGAUGUCAAUGACUUCCCAAAGAAGGCUGCCACACUGGAAGGCAACCAUUUGCUGUCCCAUCUCAACGGUUCCUCUGACUUGCAGCAGAUAGACCUUGACCUUGCCCCUCUUUCACUGGGAUCCUUUAAGAGCCACCUGGACCUGGUUAAUGGAUGGGAGGAUACAACCACUGUCCCCUCCGCUAAUACCACCACAGCAUCAGGGGUCACUGUUGGGCCAAAGGACAUCCAGCGGUUGCAUGCUACCCCCAGUCUCUCAAAGCUCAUAAGGGUUUGCUCCCCAGAAAGAUGCACUCCUACUGGAUCUGAGAAUUUGCCACAGGUUCCACUCCAAGCAACAGCUAAAUUGAAGGAGGACGCCCCUGAUCCCAAGAUCACAACAGCUGGAAAUAGUGUUGCAAAGUCAAAGAAGAAUAAAAAACAGCAGCAAAGACAGGAGCAAUGUGUGUCAGAGCAAUAUUCCAACAAACCAACCAAAGUUGCCUCUGGGAUUGAAACGCAGAAAACCAGUGAGUCUAAAGAAAUAGCUUCUAACGGUUCAAAAGGUGGGAGCAAACAACCACAGCACACUGCAGACAACCAGAGAAAUGGGCCUAAGAAAGCUGAGGAGAACAGACCGUCCAAACAUGCAGCAAAUGUUGGUCUCUUGAAUGCACAAAGGAGCAAAGGUGACACAGAGACACGGGGAGGUCGGUCUGAGCAGGAUUCAGAAAGCAAAGCUCAUCAAAGCAUUCCAGCAAAUGUGCAGCAACAGCAGCAAUCCAAGGGGAAAAACAAGAAGAACAAGAACAAGGGUGAAAAAUCCAGCAGUGCUAUCGAUGAUGUAUUUCUCCCUAAAGAUGUGGAUCCAACAGAAAUGGAUGAGAUUGAUCGGGAAGUGGAAUACUUCAAAAGGUUUUGCCUUGAUUCUGCUAAACAAACUCGCCAGAAGGUAGCAGUGAAUUGGUCCAACUUCAGCCUCAAAAAGGUUCCUUCCAGUGCAGCUCAAUAACUUGGAUGAGUGCUUGGGAAAAACAGCUUCAGAAUCACAGACUGUUUCACUGCAGCCCCGUUUGGCCCCAGGCCCUCUCUUACUCCCUGUUUUCUUCUCUUCCUUACAAAGCCAAGGGACCCUGGUUCGAAACUCUCCAUUCAGAAGACUGAAAUAUAACUUGUGGCUGACAAGACAGGGCUCAUUCUCAAGGCCAACUCUACCCUUUGCUAUUAUUGCAAUUUUCACUAAAUGAGAUGCAAAAAUGGAAAAAAGUCUGUGGAAUUCACUGCAUCCAUGUGCUUAUGUAUGUAGUAUGUAAACAAAUACCUUACAUUAAAUAAAUGUUUUUAUCACAAA